AUGGCCCGCUCGUUAGCCUCUAACACUUUGUUAAAGUCGGGUCCUCAGUUAAUCAUUAGUUGUAAAUUAAAACUAGAAAUGCUGAUACUUUCCAAGUAUCCCACUCAGUUGCAAAAUGUUCACAAAUAUUACAAGGCUAAUAACACGUCUGCAUUAGGCAAAUUUCUAAAGUUGCUUUUUAAGCAGAAGCAAUCUAAUGCGGAGGGAUCAGCUUUCAUGGAAUCGAAAUUAGUUCCUAAGAUGUACUCUAGACAGGCGAAUUGUAUACAAUGUGCUCGGUGCAGAAUUGGUUCAUCUUCUAGCACCAUUUUAGGAAUAAAUGCCCACCCAAUUUGGUUCGCCUUCCAAAGGAAUCUCCUUGAUAAAUCUACAGACCGGGUUACUACUAAUGCAAAUGACAUGAAUUUACACAUGAAGGAAAUUCAUCGUAGCAGCAUCACGCCUACGCUAAGAUUGGCUGGAACUCUCUAG